AUGUCUAUAUCAUCAAAUACAAUUAUUCGUCAAAAAUAUCGUAUAGAAUUUACACGUGAUCGAAAAUCAAUGUCGGCAUAUGUUGUUACUGCUAAAGAUGCUCCAGAAUCUAUUGUUGAACGAAGUACACAUAUGCGAAUUGAAGCACAAAAAGUUCCAAUGAUUGCACAAAAUAAACAAGAAAUAAUGAAAUUAGUUCAUCAAUAUGGAACAGGUCGAGAUACAUUACAUUGUUUAGCAUUAGAAACUAUUGAUAAUCCAUUAAAAAGAGAAGAAAUAGAUUUAGAAGAUUCACGAAAAUUUAUUACAUAUGAAAAAUAUCAUUUUCAAUGUCAUGGAGAUGGUAAAGAAUGGAAAGAUAUCGAUUGUGAUGUUUUCGAUGAUCCUCAUCCAAUGACAAUGGCUCUAUCAGUACUCGUUACUAUUGAAAUGUUAAAUGCACUUAACAGAAGAAUGGAUGGCUGUAUUAAAAAUUUCUUUUUCUAUUGUAUUAUUUGA